GCCUAGGACUGGAGCAAAUAGUCCUGAGAAGUGCAAGUGAGGAGCUCCGCCUCAAGCAGUCCUCAGCCAUACACCGAAGGUUCAUGGAGCUCAGAGCAUCAGGAAUCAGGCUCUGGAGGGCUAGUAGGUUCCUUCUGGACCUGUAGGACACAGCCCCAGCCCAGCCACCAUGGCCCGUGGUUUCACAGUGGGCUUUGACCCACUGGGUCCAGGAGAACUCAGCUCUGGCUCUCUAAGCUCCCUCUCUUCCCGAGGCCACCUGGGCAGUGACUCAGGCUCCACCGCAACACGAUACCUGCUGAGGAAGCAGCAGCGGCUGUUGAAUGGGCCCCCCCGCGGAAUCCGAGCCUCAUCGCCCAUGGGCCGUGUCAUACUCAUCAACUCCCCCAUCGAAGCCAACAGUGAUGAAAGUGACAUCAUCCAUGCAGUCCAAGUGGAGAAGAGCCCCACAGGGAGGCUGGGUUUCAGCGUGCGCGGGGGCUCUGAGCAUGGCCUGGGCAUCUUUGUCAGCAAAGUAGAAGAGGGGAGCAGUGCAGAGCAGGCUGGCUUGUGCGUGGGGGACAAGAUCACAGAGGUGAACGGGCUAAGCCUGGAGAGUACCACGAUGGGCAGUGCUGUGAAGGUUCUGACAGGCAGCAGCCGCCUGCACAUGAUGGUGCGACGCAUGGGCCGUGUGCCGGGCAUCAAAUUCUCCAAGGAGAAGACCACAUGGGUGGAUGUGGUGAACCGGCGCCUGGUGGUGGAGAAGUGCAGUUCCACGCCGUCAGACAGCAGCUCAGAAUACGGCGCACGGCGCAUCGUCCACCUGUACACCACCUCUGAUGACUUCUGCCUGGGCUUCAACAUCCGAGGGGGCAAAGAGUUUGGCCUGGGCAUCUACGUGUCUAAAGUGGACCAUGGUGGCCUGGCUGAGGAGAAUGGCAUCAAAGUGGGAGACCAGGUCCUGGCAGCCAAUGGUGUUAGGUUUGAUGACAUCAGCCAUAGCCAGGCUGUGGAAGUGCUAAAGGGCCAAACGCAUAUCAUGUUGACGAUCAAGGAGACGGGCCGGUACCCUGCCUACAAGGAGAUGGUUUCUGAGUACUGUUGGCUGGACAGAUUGAGCAACGGGGUGCUGCAGCAGCUGUCGCCAGCCUCUGAGAGCGGCUCCAGUGUCUCCUCCUAUGCCUCCAGCGCCCCCUGCAGCUCGGGCUCCCUGCCCUCAGACUGCAUGGAUGUCUGCCUGGGACCUGAGGAUCUGGAUGGCCACAGCCCAGGCUGGGGACGGGCGGACACAGCCAUGCAGACAGAGCCAGAUAUGGGGGGCCGCAUGGAGACUUGGUGCAGCGUGCGACCCACUGUCAUCCUCAGGGACACAGCCAUCCGCGCUGACGGCCCCCCUCCAGCCCGUCGUCUUGACUCUGCCCUCUCAGAGUCCCCCAAGACUGCUCUGCUGCUGGCCCUCAGCCGACCCCGGCCCCCCAUCACUCGAUCUCAGAGCCACCUGACCCUGUGGGAGGAGAAGAAGCAACGAAAGAAAGAGAAGUCAUCAGGGUCCCCUGAGGAGAAAGGGGCCCUACAACGCUCCAAGACGCUGAUGAACCUCUUCUUCAAGGGAGGGCGGCAGGGACGACCAGCAGGGGAUGGGCGCAAAGAGGCCUGGACACUGGACAGCGGGAGCCCCACCAAAACCCGCCCUCGCCUGGACCUGGACAAAGCAGGAGGUGCAGGGCCUGUGCAGAAGUUUGUUACCUGGAGACUGAAACGUGAUCGGGAGAGGGGCCGAGCUCUGCUCUCUACCAGGUCUGGGAGCCCCUCCAUCCAGUUGCCCAGUGUAGAUGAGUGGGUACAGACAUGGGAGAGCCGACGGCCCCUCAUUCAGGACCUAGCGAGGCGGCUGCUCACUGAUGAUGAAGUGCUUGCAGUCACCCGCCACUGCUCCCGGUACGUGCAUGAGGGUGGUGUAGAGGAUCUAGUGAGGCCCCUGCUGGCCAUCCUAGACAGGCCUGAGAAGCUGCUGCUGCUGAGGGACAUCAGGAGUGUAGUGGCCCCCACGGACCUGGGCCGCUUUGACAGCAUGGUGAUGCCUGUGGAGUUGGAGGCUUUUGAGGCUCUCAAGAACAGGGCAGUGUGGCCUCCUGCUUUGAGACCAGCUCGGCAAGACACACCGCCCAAGCGUCACCUCAUCACCCCUGUGCCUGACAGCCGUGGAGGUUUCUAUCUUCUACCUGUGAAUGGCGUCUCAGAGGAUGAUGGAGAGCUGAGGGACAGGCUGGGGGACCUCCAGGUUUCUCUGAGUGCCUCUGGCCCCCGCCACCAUCACAAAGGAAUCCCUCCUUUACAAGAUGUGCCAGUAGAUGCCUUCACCUCAAGCCGAAGUGCACGCACACCUCCUCCUCAGCCACCCCCAGUGGCACCUCGGCCCCCAAGACCUAAUUGGCUGUUGACAGAACCUGUGAGCCAAGAGGACCCUCAGCAGAGCCAGGGCCAGGCCCCAGUCCAGAGUUGCAGCCGCAACCAUAGCCGGGGUCGAGGCAAAUCUCCAGGGCGUAGGCGCUCCCCAUCCCCAGCACCCAUUUCCAACUCCAGCGCAGUCAAUGGGCGCUAUCACAAGCCUCGGAAGGCUCGGUCCCCCCUACCACGACCUCUGGAUGGGCAGUCAGACAAGAUGGGGGCCAGACUAGGCCCCCCAGAAAAUGGAACUGGGGGGACUGAGGCAGAGGCCACAAAGGCCCCUAUUGGGCAGCUGAAGACCGUCACGCUGUCGAAGAUGAAGCAGUCCUUAGGCAUCAGCAUUUCUGGAGGCAUUGAGUCCAAGGUGCAGCCUAUGGUGAAGAUAGAGAAGAUCUUCCCAGGGGGCGCUGCCUUCCUCAGUGGAGCCCUGCAGGCUGGCUUAGAGCUUGUGGCAGUGGAUGGAGAGAGCCUGGAACAGGUAACGCACCAGAGAGCGGUGGACACCAUCCGUCGGGCUUAUCGAAACAAGGCUCGAGAGCCCAUGGAACUUGUGGUCAGGGUACCUGGAGCUGGCCUGCUGCCCUUACCUUCUGGCCCAUCAGCCCUCACUGAUCGGUGCCUUCCAGACCACUCCUCUGCACAAGGAUCCCUUGAUGCUGCUCUACUUCCCCUCCAGCUCCCAGAAGCUCCUGGAAAUGACCAGACUGAGGCCAGGCUCCUAAAGAUUCCCAGCCCAGUCCCUCCUCCAACUCUUCACACUAACCCCAGCCUCAACCCACUCAAGGAUUCCCAUGACGUUUCCCACUGA